AUACUUUUUCUUCUGAUUUUUCAGGGGGUGCUGCAGCACCCUCAACACCCCUACUUUCCGCGGCUAUGUAUGGAAGUUAACCAACGAUUUACCGCUGAUUUAUGGAUGGCUCCACGACUUGGGUGUCGCUCCUGUCCCCAGUUAAAAUAGACAACUGGCGUAAACAAUGGUUUCAGUUGGAGCAUGCAUAUUCAUUUGAUGAAUCAGUUAUUGCAAAGGACAAGGAGUCGUAAGAAUUAGCGCAUCAAUACACUGAAGAAGAGAACACGAGUGAGAAGUUAGGUUACUACCGCGUCUCUUCGGUGCAAUCCAUAAUAAGAAGCUAUGGCACUAGACUGUACAUCGCUGACAAAACUAACCCUUGUUUUAUGUGUGGCAGCCCGUGGCUUUCCCCCAGUGAGCGGCUCCAGCGGUGCCUACGGGAGGGCCAUUCCACCACUUAGCAGCUGCAGCGGUGCCUACGGGAGGGCCAUCUCUGACUUCUGUGUGACCAAGUUCACUCAGGACAUGGAGGCCCUGGACCAGAGCCUGUGGUGCAGCUGGUCUGACACUUUUCAGCCUUACGAGGAACUGACCAACUGUACCUUUUUCGUGGCACUCAAGAUGCACUGCUUCUGGCCCAACCGGCUGAUAGACGAACUCUUCAUACGCCUCCACCGGGACUACUUUCACGACUGCGCUCUGACCGGCAGGCUGCUGCAGGACCCUCCUAUACGUAUCUUGGGGCCUUUCAUUGGAGUGCCUGUGCUGGUCACUCUGCUCAUGACUGCCCUAGUGGUGUGGAGUGGUAAAUUCUGCCAGGGAAUCGUGUAACUGUCUCAUCCUGUGUGAAGGUGCCCCUGGGUACAGAAUACAGAUCUAGGAUCAGUUUGCCCUGCCAAAAUUCUAACUGAAUCAUUAGCGGAGGAAACGCAAAACUGACCCGAGGCCAGCUUCUAGGGAUCAACUUGACCUCUUGGAGAACGAACUUCAGCUUAUCUGAUAGGGGAGACAUGAUGGAGGGGACACUGAACUGGGACAACGACAAGCAGAGAUACCCAACAGCAUACUAAGACUGUCAUCGUUCUGUGAUGUUUGUUGUACUGUGGCUCAUCAAUAACCCUAGAAAUUCCAAUUGAAAAUAUGCAUUGUAUUGUUGUAAACCACAAAGUGGCAACCAAGAGAGGGCUAAUGUGGUGUAGGGCAUGGAGGACAGAUAAUAAAUACAUUGAAUGUCAACAUCAAUGCAACAACAUCUGUAAUGUAGCUUUGGGCACUAGCCAAGUCUUUACAUGGACUGAAUAGAUGUAUAUAAAGGGCUUCAUAGAAAAGUCUGUAUUUGAUCUAGACAGCCAUGCCCAGUAGCUACACCUUUUAAUCCAACAAAACAGGAAUAUACAUCAUCAGAAUAUGUUGUCUUAUAUUCUACCGUUUCACAAUGGAUUACAGAGCCAUUACCACUGUCCCUAUAGAUACAUGUGUCUGAUUAUGUAUUAAUUAUUAUCUAUUAAUGUGCAUUUUAAACAGAGAAAUAAAGAACAACAAAUACUAAUAUGAUAAAAGUGAAAUAAGAAA